CCGGCCGGGAGCGCGCACAGCAGAGAGUCAGCGCGCGUUCUCUCUCUGGCAGCUGAUGCUGAUGCUCAGAGGACACGGAGUGAUUCGAGCAUCACCGGGAACCGACUGAAUUAUCGUGCCAAAUCUUCGGUAGGAUGCGUCAGGACGGAUCCAUGCAGAUGGCUGCGGCACAGAAAGAAGGAUCUGACCAGAACUUCGAUUACAUGUUCAAACUGCUGAUCAUCGGCAACAGCAGUGUAGGAAAGACGUCGUUCCUCUUCCGGUACGCUGACGACUCCUUCACGUCAGCGUUUGUGAGUACGGUGGGCAUCGAUUUCAAAGUCAAAACCGUCUACAAGAACGACAAGAGAAUCAAACUGCAGAUAUGGGAUACUGCAGGACAGGAGAGAUACCGCACCAUCACUACGGCGUAUUAUCGUGGAGCCAUGGGCUUCAUCCUCAUGUACGACAUCACAAACGAGGAGUCGUUCGGAGCCGUCCAGGACUGGUCAACCCAGAUAAAGACGUACUCCUGGGACAACGCGCAGGUCAUCCUGGCGGGAAAUAAGUGUGACAUGGAUGAGGAGAGAGUGGUGUCUGUGGAAAACGGCAGGAUGCUGGCAGAGCAGUUGGGUUUUGAGUUUUUCGAGACGAGCGCUAAGGACAACAUCAACGUGAAGCAGACGUUUGAGCGUCUGGUGGACAUAAUCUGCGACAAGAUGUCAGAGAGUAUAGAGACUGACCCCGCCGUGACCUCAGGAGCCCAGGGCACGGCCCGGCUAACGGAUAACCCUCCUCCACUACAGCAGCCUAACUGUGCCUGUUAGUGCUCAGUACACAUGGUAGCAUAAGUGUGUGUGUGUGUGUGUGUGUGUGUGUGGGAGACACCUUUAGAUGGAUGCAUAUAUCCUUUAAUGUCAUAGAAUGCGGGUGCUGGAAGAGCCACCUGAAUCUGAUUGGUGCAUGUCAGGAGUCAUGUGACCCUUUACACCCAAUGGGAACAGAGCUGUCUCAAGCAAUGGCAAAGCUUUUCAGUGUUUUAGAAAGGAGGAUAGAUAAAAAAAAAAAUAUGAAUAUGAUUUCUUUGGUCAUCGGUUUUUCAGUAUACGUGGCUUGUGGGUAACAGUGUAAGUUCUUGUCACGGUCUGUUGCGCCACUAGAGGGCGUUCUUCUUAAAAUGAUACGAUGCAGUCUGUCUGAUGCAUGUGAACGUUGUGUAUGAACGCUU